AUGCCAACGGGGUCGGAGUUAGACAAGCUCCGGCGUGAGCGGGCGGCACGGUACAGCCAGCUCAGCGAGGCGGAGAAGCCCCGCGUGGAGCCGUGCCCGGAGUGCCAGGAGCCUCCCUACAAGCGAGAGGUUUGCCCGGAGUCCGGCAUAUUUCACAACCGCGAGCGCCACACCAUCGUGGGGGGCGCCGUUGUGCGGUCCAACAUCGUCCGCUCCUCGGAGCUCAUGGAGGCCAUCGACCGCUCACGGGUGCGGUGGGUGGAGAGCCGGACGCAGCUGGUGCGGGCGGACGCCGCCUCGCUGAACCUCUUUCAGAGCUUCGUGCGGCAGCUGGACUGGUCGCUGCAGCGCUACGGCAUCCUCUACGGCAAGUACGACGCCAACCUCAAGACGGUCGAGGUGCACGCGGUGUACGAGCCCGAGCAGCACGGGGACGCGUACACGUUUCACUACCUCCCUGACAAACGUCUCCGUGCCGUGGACCGCAUCGCGGAGUUGUUAGGCCUCCGCCGCGUGGGCGCCGUCUGCACACACCCGCCGCGUGACGUGGAGCAGAUUGUGCUGAGUUCCCGCGAGAUGCUGCUCUGCGCCAGGGAGCAGUCACGCUUUGGCGAUGAGUGUGUGCUGCUCACGAUGAGCCCCAGCCUCACGACGGGCCGCAUCGAGUGUCAGGCGUGGCAGACGUCGCCGCAGGCGGUGCAUUUCUAUCGCCUUGGCGUACUGCGGGAGAAGUCGGACGACACCGCCGACCUCGAGAGCGCCAAGUACGUCUACAGCAGCAUCCCGCUCGAGGUGGCGCAGCAGGACACCGACGAGAAGGGCCACCCGCGUGUCGUGACACGGGCGCCCAGCCACGAAAUCGACACACGUUGGUUCACCAGCUACGUGGCGGUGCAGCAGUUUGAGUCGCCGGUGGUGCGGAACCUUUUCUUGCGUGUGUCGCGGCCUGGCAUGGAGCCUCCAGCGCUGGCCAACCUGCGCAAUUACAUGGAGGACCCAAAGCGACGCAACGCGCCGAUGCUGGAAAAACUUGCCGACUUCCACGUGCUCAUCUUCCUCGCGGAAGACAUUUUUUCUCUUGCGGAUGACAUGCCGGUGAUUAUUGGCGCCAUUACGAAGCAGCGACCGGAGGCAGACGCGAUGCACUACGGGGAGCUCCUGAAAUCGCACAUGAACCUGUGA